AUGAAUUUAAAGCGACAUAUUGAAGAUUCACCACAACCAGUGAAAAAAAUCUAUAGAGAAAAAUUAAUAUCAUUAUAUACAACGGCACCACAACUUGCACCAUUUACACCGAUGUUUCAUGAAAUUAAAAAUUCAUUAUAUAAAGCAAGAAAUACAAGUUAUCCACCUGCUCCACGUACAAUUGAUGAUGUUAAUGUCGAAGGUGUAUGGAGUAAAACUUUAAAUGGCGAACAAUUCGUUUUUAAUAAUUCAAAACAUCCCAUAUUCGAAACAUUAAAAUCUCUUAAACAAUUAUCAACAAGUGAUCAUGAUCACUUAUUUUUUGACGGGACGUUUAAAUCAUGUCCAAAUCCAUUUUAUCAAUUAUAUUCAGUUCAUUCGGUCAAUGGUGAAUUAUCAACACCAAAAUUAUAUAUUUUAUUAUCUGAUAAAAAAAGGUCCAACAUACAUUUCCAUGUUUAA